AUGUCCUCCUUAACAAAUUCUCUCACCAAAAAAAUCUACCCUUGGCGUAACGAAGCCAUAAAAGUCGGUGAAAUAUCCCAAGACGAUUGCUGCAAAAAUAAUGACCUGGUCCAAGAUAUAUGUGCCUCUAAAGUAGGACUAGGAAUGAUACAGGUCUCCAAAGACAACCAGGAUGAGCUAGAAGUACAAAGAUCUAUUGUAAUACGCAUGUGCUCCCCCUUGAAUCACAGUCGAGCUCAUUUCUGCCGUAUUCGGGAAUUCUUAAGCAAAUACCUUUUGGGUAUGCAAGAACUGUAUGGCGCCAUUGACGACAAUGAAAAAGCAGAGGCAGGCCUCAUAUGCCAGAAACUCUUAUCACAACUCCCUCAAAUUGAGAAUACCAAAGCAAGCAAAAGAGCAAAAAAGAAGAUUCUUCUAGGAGCAAAGAUGGUCCGGAUCUUCUGUGAAGGUCAAAGACAGACGCUUGAAGGAAUCCAAGAUGCUUUAACUGAGAAGAAUGACGAUAGAUUAAGGACAACGUACAUGCCGUUUGUCAAAGAGUUUCAGAGCUGGGUUCGUAACUCUUUACCACAACUGGAUGAUUAUCAAUGCUCAAUAUGUCUGUCAGUUCUAUAUUUGCCGAUCACGCUUGAAGUCUGCCGGCAUUCAUUCUGUAAACCUUGUCUAAACUUGUAUAUGAAUGACAAGAUCUGGCACCCUGAAUACCCUGAAUACCCACCCACUCAAUCGAGGCCCCCAGACUGCUCACAGCCUAGCCAUACACUGACUGAUGAGACGGCCAGUUCAGCUUUCAAAUGUCCACUCUGUCGCUCACAUUUUGAAGAGACAACAUAUCAAUCUGAUGUUGGACUGCAGAAUUUACUGAACUUCUAUUUCCCCCAUGAACAACGAAGACGGAGGCGAGAAGAUCUUGGGAUCAUUCGAGCUUGGUUUGUAUCAGCCCACUUGAAGCUUUCCCACCGAGCCCUGGAAGACAACAAUAACAACAAGAAGAGGCUGAGAGAUUCAUCGGGUCGUACACCAAAAUCACUUACUCAACAGGUGGUCAAUUUAGCUUGUCUGAAUCCGGUGUGGAAUGUGUAUGAAGACAACCUUGAGAGAGAACGCCAAGACCAAAGAGCAGGCUCCCGAGGGCGUAGAGCUCAAGAUGCUAAUUACUAUGACGACCUAACCCAAGCACAGGGUAUGAUUUUUCUGUACGCAUAA